UUCAGCCUUUGCGCGCGUUCAGCUCUUGGACAGACGUGAGUAAUCUGGUUAGAAGGCGAUGUACUGACAUCAUCCACGCGAGCAAGCACAUUACUCAACAAGAUGCAGAUCGUCGUGGUAACGGCGCUGAUCCUCAGCAUCCUAUUGCAAGCUGCCGUUGCCGUAGACGACGCCGAUCUCUUCUUCCCGAGAAAGAACAUCGACAACUAUGCUACUGCGGCGGCGAUGUCGGCAGCCGACCUCGGUGAGGUGUCCGUCUGCUUCUGGGUGCGGACGCGCGACACGACGACGGAUCUCACCGUGCUAUCGUACGGUGUCGAAGGUCAGGACAACGAGCUGGUCAUCUACAUGCCCGUCGGCAGCAUACGCUUCUACGUCGGCGGCCCGAAAAAGGAAGUGUCCGUUGAGCUGCGGGACGGACAGUGGCACCACGCAUGCGUGCUGUGGAGAAGGGUCGCCGGCCGCUGGGCGAUCUACAUCGACGGCAGCCUGGUGAAGCAAGGCAUCGCGCUGCACCCUAACGGUCGUCUGCGCAGCGGCGGCACGCUCGUUCUCGGACAGGAGCAGGACGUCGUCGGCGGCGGACUCGAUCCGACGCAGAGCUUCGUCGGCUCCAUCAGCGACCUGAACAUCUUCGGGCGGUCCCUGACGGCACACGACGUGGCGACCGUACGCGCAGCCUGCACUAACCGCGGCGACGUGCUCGCCUGGAGCGACAUCCUCGCCGACGUCCACGGCAGCGUGGCCGUCAUUCGGCCAUCUUCGCAUCCGUGCACCAACGGAGCGACAAAGACGGAUCCCCCAACACUACCGCAGGCGACAACAGCGAAGGCGUCGCCGGAACCUUAUCGGACACCACCACCACCAGCCACUGUGAAGUUAUCGCGAAGGGGUGGACCAUCAGUACUGCCGGCAAAUACUGUGAAAAUAUCGCGAGCGUAUCAACCAAUACAACCGUCUAGAAGUGCUGCAAGGGCAUCGGCUAGUCCUCACCCAAGAUAUCGAGCAGCAACUACUGGCAACGUGGAGCAUGAUUACACGCCUGCAGUACAUGUAACGCUGCCAGAGCGUUACCACUAUUACAGCCAUGCGGGAACAACAACAACAACUGAGGAACCAGAACAUUACUAUGGUUACGCGCGAGACAUACAACAACCAAGGAACCAGAAACAUUACUAUGGUUAGCGAGCGAGACAAACAACAACUGAGGAACCAGAACAUUACUAUGGUUACGGCGAGACAACAACAACUGAGGAACCAGAACAUUACUAUGGUUACGGCGAGACAACAACAACUGAGGAACCAGAACAUUACUAUGGUUACGGGCGAGACAACA